AUGGGUGGCCGUUCAUCUACUGCUACAAGUCGCAAACAGGGCGAGUUCCAUGAAGAACCAAGUCGGAAGACACAGCAAAUGAUUUGGACAGCUUCGACCGCGAUGACUUUUUGGACGUGGAAAACCUCUUUGGUCCCGUUGCAGCAGAUGAUAUCAAUGUCGCGGUUGAGUCUUUUGCCUAUGGUGCUGAGUCUGAGGACGAUGAGGAAACGUUUGACGAGGCUGGAAACGACGAAGAAGAGUAUGCCGAUGAAGAGGAGUCCGACCCAGUGUUUGACGACGAAAGUGGUGUAUUUCAACAAGAUGAUGCGGCGAUGCGAGGGCUAG